GACCCCGGCUACUACGCGGGGCUCUUCUCCACGGCCGACUUCGACGCCGCCCUGCGAGGCGGCGAGGUGCACUUCGGGACCCACCUGGACGUGACCAGCUACGCCGAGGGGGUGCGGGAGACGCACAACCCAUCCGGCCGGGCCCUGCCGCCCGUCGUCUGGGACUUCUACCAGAACGUCGCCCCCCACUACGAUGACAUCGAGGCCUUCGUGCUGCAGCUGGAGGGGAAGAAGCACUGGCGCGUCUACAGCCCCCGGACGGAUGCAGAGGUGCUGCCCCAGUUCUCCAGCGCAAAUCUCACACAGGCUGAGCUCGGCGAGCCCAUGCUGGAGACGGUGCUGGAGGCCGGGGACCUGCUGUACUUCCCCCGAGGCUUUAUCCACCAGGGUGACUGUCUUCCUGACGCACACUCGCUCCACAUCACGGUGUCCUCCUACCAGAGGAACUCCUGGGGGGACUUCCUGGAGAAGCUCCUCCCGGCUGCUCUGCAGAUGGCCCUGGAGGAGGACGUGGAGUAUCGGCAAGGCCUUCCCAUGGACUACCUGGGGUACAUGGGGGUCACCAACUCGGACACAGUCGAUGCUCGCCGAACAGCCUUUAUGGGGAAGGUGCAGAGCCUGAUAAAGAAACUUGUUGACUAUGCACCCAUUGACGCUGCUGUGGAUCAGAGAGCCAAGUCGUUUCUUCAUGACUGUCUCCCCCCAGUGCUUACACAAAGUGAAAAGGCGCAGAGCAUGUACGGCUUCCCGGCCCGGUGGCAAGAUGGAGGCCCCUGUGAUGUUGAUAUACUGAUAACAAAAGACACGCAAGUACGUCUCCUCCGCCAUGGCAUCGUUAGAUUGUGUAAUGAAGAAGCAGGUGUGAUGCUGUAUUACACGACAGAAAACUCAAGAGUGUAUCACAAGGAAGAACCCAAGUUCCUUGAGAUAGAUCCCGAGUACACAGACAGUAUCGAAUUUCUCCUGUCUUCCUAUCCAAACCACGUCAGUGUGGAUACCCUUCCAUGCGAAACCUUGGAGGACAAGAUUUCUCUAGCCACGCUCCUGUUUGAGAAGGGCAUUCUGACCACAAAGAAGCCUCUGGUGCAAGUGUAACUCUUAUUUUUUAACAAAAUAAACAUACAUUUGUUUAGAAA